AGAGGUAUAGUUUUUUUUUUUUCCUUUUCCAUUUUUUAUUAGGUAUUUAGCUCAUUUACAUUUCCAAUGCUAUACCAAAAGUCCCCCAUACCCACCCACCCCCACUCCCCUACCCACCCACUCCCCCUUUUUGGCCCUGGCGUUCCCCUGUACUGGGGCAUAUAAAGUUUACGUGUCCAAUGGGCCUCUCUUUCCAGUGAUGGCCGAUUAGGCCAUCUUUUGAUACAUAUGCAGCUAGAGUCAAGAGCUCCGGGGUACUGGUUAGUUCAUAAUGUUGUUCCACCCGGGGUUAUUUUCUAAUAACAUCCUCUAGUCACAGUAACCAUUAGAGCGGUUGAAGUGCCUGUUAAUACAAUCUAAUUUUUCUGAGGUCUUUUUGCUGCCUGAAGUUACCAAGUUAAGCUAGACAGUGACAGUAAGGAUGAUGAAGACAGACACAGUACUUCCGAGCAGUAUGUAAUAUAUACUAAAUUUAUCCAAGAGGUAACCAUGGAAGGCCGUGAUGGAGUUGAAAGUUAUAAAAGUCCGAGUUCUCGGAGCCUCUCUAACGGUCUUCACACAAAGGAAUAAUCGAGAGCAUUUCAGAAUCCUUCUUGCGGGGCCCAUCCUCUCGGAGGGGCUGGUCUCUAGAAGGAAACGCUCGGCCACCUUGACUCCGCCCCCCCUCGGUCGACCGGAAGCUGCGGUUUUCCGAGCCCCCGCAGGACCGAGUCUCCCAGACUUGUCGCUCCGCACGCCGCGCGGCUUCCGCCGUAGCCCCCGCUUCCUCCUCGCGCGUGUGGUGCGGCGGGCUCUCUAGGCCGGUGCGUCUCUAUGGCCGCAGGGGCGUCAGUUCCGCAGACUCUCUCGGCACCAUGGCUCCGGCGAGAGAAAAUGUCAGUUUAUUCUUCAAGCUGUACUGCUUGACGGUGAUGACUCUGGUGGCUGCCGCUUACACCGUAGCUUUAAGAUACACAAGGACAACAGCUGAAGAACUCUACUUCUCAACCACUGCCGUGUGUAUCACAGAAGUGAUAAAGUUACUGAUAAGUGUUGGCCUGUUAGCUAAGGAAACUGGCAGUUUGGGUAGAUUUAAAGCCUCAUUAAGUGAAAAUGUCUUGGGGAGCCCCAAGGAACUGGCGAAGUUGAGUGUGCCAUCACUAGUGUAUGCUGUGCAGAACAACAUGGCCUUCCUGGCUCUCAGUAAUCUGGAUGCAGCAGUGUACCAGGUGACCUAUCAACUGAAGAUCCCCUGCACUGCUUUAUGUACUGUUUUAAUGUUAAAUCGAACACUCAGCAAAUUACAGUGGAUUUCCGUCUUCAUGCUGUGUGGUGGGGUCACACUCGUACAGUGGAAACCAGCCCAAGCUACAAAAGUCGUGCCUACAGUCCCUGGCAGUAUGCCCACUGUCAGUGAUAGUGAUGUAAGCGGACAUGUUCUGAUGAGGAUAGGAAAACAGAAGGCAGCCCUUUAUGGAAAGGUUUCAGCGCUGACUGGGAAGGUAGCGCAGAAUCCAUUGUUAGGCUUUGGUGCUAUAGCUAUUGCUGUAUUGUGCUCUGGAUUUGCAGGAGUUUAUUUUGAAAAAGUCUUAAAGAGUUCCGACACUUCCCUUUGGGUGAGAAACAUUCAGAUGUAUCUGUCAGGGAUCGUUGUGACGUUAGCUGGUACCUACUUGUCAGAUGGAGCUGAAAUUCAAGAAAAAGGAUUCUUCUAUGGCUACACGUAUUAUGUCUGGUUUGUUAUCUUCCUUGCUAGUGUGGGAGGCCUCUACACGUCAGUGGUGGUGAAGUAUACAGACAACAUCAUGAAAGGCUUCUCUGCUGCCGCAGCCAUUGUUCUUUCUACCAUUGCUUCAGUCCUACUGUUUGGAUUACAGAUAAUCUUAGCAACCCGAAUGUCCUUAUGAGCAUCCUCCAUUGAUGUGAAGAGCCUUCCUAACUGCAGUCCUGAUCAUCUCUCCUUCAGCAGCAGCCAUUUCAGCAUUAAGGUUUGCCAGUCUGCCAGUCUUGACCUUUUUCAGCCAGUUUAUUUAACUGUCCUUGUGCAUGGAAGAUGAGCUGCAUUGCCUCAUUGCUGUCUUUCUGUGUAGUGGGAUUUUAAACACAUUUCCUGGCUUCCAAGCUGAUGUUAAAACAUCUUUAAAGUAUACGAGUUGAUCUAAUUCAUCAGUUUUUUCUACAAUCUGAUGUCUUUCAGCUAAUCUCAUCCCCCCUGUUUAUCAGUGUACAGUUAGAUCUUUAUGAGUCUACAUAUAAACUAGACAUUUAGGGAUUCAAAUUCCAUGCCCAGCUCCAAACCUGAAAACCAGGCUUUUUACCUAGUGUCUUCAGUACCAUAGGUUCAAACCUAAGCAUUUCCUAUUCUCCUCCUUUUUCUUGUCUCUUAAGCCUUUGUAUUAUCAUGGCUAUUUUUUCAAUUUUUUUGGAGAAGAAAUAUAUCAAGAAUGCAACCGAAAGUAGGGAGGCGUUUAUUAUGGUGGUCGCAAUUGCAGUGAGUACUGCGAUGGCUUUUUCAAGUAGUGUUUCUAUCCCUUCAUGUCCUACCCUUGAUCUCAAGGGACCUGAAAUGGAGUUUCCUAUUUUUUAAUGCAGGAGGGGGUCUGUCUAUAUAAUUAAACGUGUCUCUUGUGGUGGCUUACUGUGGCUCACUGUCUCAGGCUCCCCACAGUUUGGAGUCUUCUUGUGUGUCCAGCCAAAGUGGAAGAACUGAUGCUUCCUCUGGAGAUGAUCGCAGGCAGAUGUCCCCUCUGCGGCUUUCUGUCAGACGUUUCCUGUCCUCUGCAGUGUUUCUCUGCUUCCUGUAACGUUGGUGGGCUUUUUCUUCUCUAAUCACAUUGGGUACAAUUGUUUUUUAACAAAAUCCCAAUCGUUCAGUUUUACCUGUGAAGACUUGGGAGCCGGAUGCUGGGGUGAAAACCUAGCUCAGAGGGGCAGAGAAAGCACCCAGCCAACCUUCCUUCUCAGCCAGUGACACAAAAGGAAAAGAACCCGUUCUUCACCCUGUCUUCAACCCUCCAGACUGAAGGUCCCUCCUUUCUACUUGCUGUGCGUCUCAAUACCCAUCCUCCUGACUUCUUCCCACUCUGUGGGUUUUCUUCUGUGUUCACUCCUUGUCAGCUGGUUGCUUCUUCCCUCUUGACCUGUGGUUGACUGUUUAAUCUUGUUCACAGUAAACAGAAAGCUCUUGGAUUAAAGGUGUGUGUUAGGGCUAAGUCUCAUCACAACUAGACAGGUUUUUCGGGGUUCACAGUAUGAUAUCCUGCAACACAUUUUCCUUAUGUCUUUCUGUUCUGAACUUAAGUGUGCACUAGUUUACAGUGAUAUGGUGUCACCAUUGCUAUGCUAAUCCCUCUAAUGUUUUUUCCCUAGAUGUCAUAUAUAUCUAGCUUUUCAAUUACUUAAGGAGCAAUGUCUUACUAUUUCAAGUUGGUGUUAAGCUACGUAGUAGUUAUUUUCUUCAUUGACCAAUUAUUAUACUGUAAACUACUAAGGAAAAUCUGUUAAAUGUUUAUAUUGUGUAACAGGAAAACACUUCUCAUUUUGGAAUUGACUUAUCUGAUAAACAAGAGCAUUAGUAGUAGAAAACCACUUUAUAGUCUGGUCCAAAUCUUGCCUGUUGUAAUAUUAGCAGCAGCAUGGGAAAUCAUAUACCAGUGUCUCACACUUGCUCUGUCAUAUGUGAGUAAGGCCACAGGUCUCCUGGGUUUGUAGGGUUUGCUUAGAGCAGUCUUUAGUUGUACAAGUCCAAGCCCUUAGCAUUUCAGAUGUUCUUUGUACCUGAGUUGAGUGAAGUUUUAGUUGUAACUCAUCCUUAUGUUUAACACAGCCUUGUGUCUUUGCUCCUGAGAAAAACCUGGGAACAAUAUAAACUGUUUCUGUCUUAGCAGUCUUUCAGGGAACUGUGGAGGUAUUAAGAUGUAAACUACCUCACACUUUGAAUUCAAAGCUGGUCUUUUUUAGUAGGUGGACUGAACAGUAGCUUGAUGCUAUUUCUUUACAUGCCUUUUAGGGGAUGAAGGCUCGCUUGUGUAGCUCACACUGAUCUGAGACUCACUGUGUGGCUGGUUACCUUGAACUCCUGAACCGCCCGCCUUGGGAUUACAGGCAUGCAGUACUAUGCCUUGCUAUCUACGCUGUGAAUGCUGGGCCACUGUAAUACAGUUCACAUCCGUAGCCUGGUUCUAAGUCACAUGUAGAGCUGUGGCAUUAGGACUCACUCAUACCAGCUUAUAUGCUUAGUUCAUAGAAGGCUGCCCCGGUCGUCACUCCCUUCGUUCCUAAGCAGGCCCACACUGGUUUGGCUAUCUGUCCCUGCGCCCUGCAGAGGUACAUCACUGUGCCCACUUUAUGUGAGUGCAGGGGAGGCCUCAGGCUUGUGUAGCAGGCACUUUAGCCUUCACGCACAUUUUGUGUAUUCUAAUUUUCAGGAGUAACAUGGACGAGUCAAGUGUAGUGGGAAAUGUAAUGAUCACCUUAUCACUGAUCCAGAAAUUUUCAGUGGUUUGAGUCAUUGGAUUUUGAAAGCUGAAUUGUGUGACUGUCUUUUAUACUAAGUUUUCUGGGAAUCAUAACUAAACCACAUUAUAUUGCAUUUUAUUUUUCUAUUCAUAUAUACUUAUAUUUACCUAUUCCCAUUAAUUAUAAAUUAUAUAGGGGAACUAAUAUAUCCCUUUGUUGUAUCAGUCCAAGACAAGCUUAAUUAUAUUUUGAAAAGUAUGUUACCAUUCCUUUGAUAUUUAUCUUUUUCCUUAAAAUAGACAACCUUUCAUAAAACAGCACUCAUGCAACUUGGUAGGCAAACCCACAGUGACAGAGAUUUUAGGACUGGGGAGAGGUCUCAUCAGUAAAGUGCUUGUACGGCAGGCAUGAGGACCUGAGGACCUCUAGAACUUACAUACAGCAUGUACCCAGUGUGGUGGUUCAUGCUUGCAGUGCUGGUAUUGGGGAGAAGAAACUCGGCUCUCUGGGGUUUGUAUGCUACCUAGUCUAACCUAAUGGGUGGGCUCCAGGCUCCUGAGAGACCCUGCCUAAAAAGAGAUGGGUAGCAUUCUUAAGGAUGAUACCCAGGGUGUGUGUGUGUGUGUGUGUGUGUGUGUGUGCAUGCGCGAGAGCCCUACACAAAUUCAUCAUUUUCAUAGUCUUUUUCUUCUUUUCU